AAAAAUUAUAUAUAUAUUUUUUUCCUUUUUCUUUGUUUUUCAUAUCUAAUAAUCUCGUCAUUUUUUUUUUCCUUCCCCCCUUUUUUUUACCUUUAAAAAUUCGAUAUUCCUCUCACCUCUUUUCAUCACGAAAAUUUAAGAAUAAUUUAAGAUUUACUUUUUCAUAUUACGAUAAAAUAUUUUUUUCACUCCAUCAUUAUAGAUCAUAAAAAUGGGCAACGCGUUGAGAAGAUUGAAUACAAAUUCAAUCAGAGACGAAUAUAAUGGACGUAGGAGACCUGCUUGUUUAGGACAAGAUCCACAAACUACCCCUACUAGUUUUGGUAGGAAAUUUAUUAUUGCCAGUAAAUCUAGGAGCGGUGAAAUGAAAUAUCCUUUACCGGCAACUACCGAAGAAAAAAAAAUGUGGCUUGAAGAUCCACAUUAUUUAAUAAGGCAUUUGUGGCAAAAUAAUUUCUCUUCUCCUGUUGAAGAAAUUCUUAAAAGAGGUGGCGCAAAUGUAUUAGAUAUUGGUUGCGGCGCUGGUACCUGGUCGUUAGAAAUGGCCAAACAUUACCCUGAAAGUAAUUUUAUAGGGGUAGAUAUAGCACCAAUAUUUCCAACAAACCACCAUGAAAAAAAUUUAAAAUUUUCCCUCGGAAAUAUAAUCGAGGGUUUACCCUUUGAAGAUAACACAUUUGACCUCGUAUUCGCAAGACUGGUAGGGGAUUCAUUUUCCCAAAAGGAAUGGGAAGAAACAGUCUUGCGAGAAUUACUUCGUCUUACAAAGUCCGGUUCUUGGUUAGAAAUCAUGCAAAAUGAUUCGGAGCUUUCUAGAUGUGGUAAAAAUUUAGAAAAAAUGAAUCAAGCCUUGCUUGCAAUAAAUAUGAAUAAUUCAAUUUGUGAGAAAUUCGAAGAUUGGUUACUUGGUGAUAACCAAGUUUCAAGUAUAAAUCAUGAAAUUGCUAUUUCUCCAAUUGGAACGUGGGCAGGUAAAACAGGAGAGUUUGGGGUUUCCUACAUACGCCAUCUUUCAUCCAAGAUGAAGCAACAGAUAAUGUCCCAUCUUAAUAUAACAGAGGAAGAAUAUGAUAAUAUGAUGGAAAUGGCAGAACUGGAAUAUAAUCAGUUUACAACGUUUAGAACUUCCCAUAGAUUUAUUGCUCAAAAAAAAUAAAUCUUUGAUUACAUCAGAUCUUUUAUAUAUUUUUAUAUUUUUAUAUUUUCAGCAGGAUAAUUUUUUAGGUGGUUUUUUUUUGUUGUCAUACAUUAUUUUAUUAUUAAUUUUUUAAAUCAUUAUUCAUAAUUUAUUAUAUAUAUAAGUUUUUAUCCUUCUAAAUAAUUUAAUAAGAGAGAGAAAAUAUAUGU